AUGGAGAUGGAGACUGGAGAUGAAAUUGCUAUUGUGGGAAUAGGAUGCAACUUUCCUGGAGGUGAAGGAACUGACAACUUUUGGAAAGUCCUGGAGGAAGGCAAAAACUGCGUAGUAGAAAUACCCCCAGAGAGGUUUAAUACCAAAGAGUGGUACGAUCCAGAUGAUAACAAACCAGGAAAAAUAUGUACAACACGAGCUGCUCUUCUCAAUGAAUUCAAUGCAUUUGACAACUACCUCUUUGGAAUUAACAAUCUGGAAGCUGAGCGCAUGGAUCCACAACAAAAGUUGCUGGUAGAAUGCACAUACAAAGCACUGGAGGAUGCAGGAGUCCCUGUAGAAGCCAUCAGUGGCACCAAAACAGGCGUUUUUAUUGGUCUUAUGAAUCGAGAUUAUGAAAUCAUAACAAGCAGAGCAGUGAGUGAAAUAAAUCAUUAUGACGGUACUGGAACAGCAAUGAGCAUAGCUGCUAACCGGGUCUCAUACACAUUUAAUCUGACUGGACCAUCACUGGCUAUUGACACUGCAUGUUCAUCGUUUCUUUUUGCUUUGCACUACGCCUUGCGAGCAAUUAAAGCAGGAGAUUGUGAGGCAGCCAUCUGUGGUGGAGUGAACUGCAUAAUAGAUCCCCGCGUGUUUGUAUCUCUCAGUAAAGCAAAAAUGAUCUCUCCAGAGGGAAUAAGCAAACCCUUCUCCAAAAGGGCAGAUGGCUACGGAAGGGGAGAAGGCUGUGGUGUUGUUUUCCUGAAACCACUGAAAAAGGCAAAGGAAGACUACAACAAAAUCUGGGGUGUUAUAAGUAUCAGUGCAGUGAGUCAGAAUGGUAGGUCCAUAACUCCGAUCACAAGACCAUCUCAAACAGAGCAAGAGAAGUUGCUACGCAGCAUUUAUCAAGCUCAUGUUGAUCCAUCAGUUGUGCAGUACAUUGAAGCACACGGUACAGGAACUGCUGCUGGAGAUCCUACGGAAGCUGAAAGCCUAAGUAGUACCGUUUGUAAAAACAGGUCUUCACAAGUUUCCAUUCUGAAAAUUGGUUCAGUGAAAGGAAAUAUUGGCCACGCUGAAUCAGCUGCUGGGGCAGCAGGGUUAAUCAAAGUGCUUCUGAUGAUGCAUCAUGGAAAGAUUGUUCCAUCUUUGCACUACUCAAAGGACAUGAGUAGCAUUGAUGAAGAGAAAUUAAACCUUGCAAUUCCCACAGCUGUAGAGCCCUGGGAAGAGCUGAGUGGGUAUGGAAGAGUAGCUGGCGUCAACUGCUUUGGGUUUGGGGGAACCAAUGCCCAUGUUGUUGUCAGGCAGGUUAAGCAAUCAGAGCCUCUUCCUGCCUUUAAGAGGCCCAUUGAAUUAGUUCUGCUGGCUGCAGCAUCAAGUAAGUCCCUUCAGAUGACAAUGGCAGAUACAGCUGAGCAGCUGAGUACAAGCAACGCUGUGACUCUCCCAAGUCUGGCCUAUACAUCUGCCUGCAGAAGAAGCAACGCCAACUACCAGUACCGAAAAGCAUUUGUCACAAACUCUCUCCAGCACUUGCAGCAAGAGAUUAUGUCGGCAGUGAGUGCUGAACAUGCCCUGUGGAAGGUGGCACCAGAGCUCGUGUUUGUGUUCUGUGGCAACGGUGUAACACUGAAGGAGUUCUGUGAGGCACUGCUGAGUUCAGAGCCAGUGUUCAGAGAGAAGUGUAAAGAAAUAGAAGCGCUCUUUCAGAGACAUGCUCCCAUCAGUCUCCUGCCAGCCAAAGACUGCAGCUCAAAGGACUUCUCCAGUCCAGAGCUCACCCAGCCCUUGCUUUUUACCCUGCAGGUUGCCUUAGCUUCUCUUCUGAAUUACUGGGGCAUUAAACCGGCCACUGUUGUUGGCCACUCAGUGGGGGAAGUUGCUGCUGCCCACUUUGCAGGGUACCUUUCCCUGGCAGAUGCAGUCAAAGUGAUUUAUCACCGGAGCAGGCUGCAAGCAAAAGUUGUCAGGGGCAGAAUGUUGGUGGUCGGAAACAUCCCAGUUAAAGAGAUUGCUGAACAUCUGCAUCGGUACUCGGGAAAGGUGUGCAUUGCUGCUUUCAACAGCCCUGUUUCCUGCACCUUAUCUGGAGAUUCAGACUCUGUGGAUGCUGUCCACAAAGAUUUAGCUCAAGCUUUCAGCAGCAGAAACAUCUUUCUUCGUGUUUUAAAUGUCCCAGCUGCAUACCACAGCCCCAGCAUGGAUGAGAUCCUCAAGGAAUUGGAAGAGAAUGUGCAGCAUUUAGAAAAACAGAAGGGGGAAAUUGAAAUAAUUUCAACACUAACUGGGAUGGCUGCUUCAGAAGAUGACUUCAGUCAGGGCAAAUUCUGGGCCCGGCAUACUCGUGAGCCUGUUGCUUUCACUCAAGCCAUAGAAACAGCAGCUAAAGACAAGGAAAAUGUGGUGUUUGUGGAAAUAGGUCCUCACCAGGCAUUGCAAAGAAACAUAACAGAAACUCUAGGAAAGGGCACAAAGGUGUUCUCAUCUUUGCAAACUGGUGCAGAAUAUCAGACACUCCUUACCCUGUUAGGAAAUUUGUUUGAACUGGGAUAUAAUCCCAACUGGCAACACUUUUACAAUGGGUAUCAAAGUGUUCCAGUGGCCAUUCCACGGUAUCAAUUUGAUCGCAAAAAACUGAUGGCCUGUCUGGACAUUCAUCAACAAGCAAACCAAAGAGGAGUCAGCUCCAGCCAUCCUUUGAUUUAUAGUAUGAACAGUGACAACAUGCAGUUUGGCUGCCUGGUAUCUCAAGACACAACACCCUACUUAUAUGAGCACAAGAACAACGGUCUGGCUUUAGUCCCUGGUGCUUUUUAUGUGGAGCUCGGUCUGGCCUCUGUGAUGAACAGCUCAAGGCCUAAAGUUCCUCUGGGCACUUGCCAGAUGAGUAUCACUUUUUCCGCACCGUGUGUUCUUAGCGAGAGUUCCCAAGUCUUGCAUAUCAAGCUGAGCCCACAAAAAGCAAUGACAACCUUUGAAAUACUUUCUCCCUUCAAUGCACAUUUUGCUGCGGGCCAAGUUAUAAAGGUGCCUGAACCUGUAGUGGAAGAAAGCACCAUCUCCUUCCAAGACAUCUAUCAAAGGUGCAGGUCAGUGGUUAGCACAGCGGAGGUUUAUGAAAUGCUGUCUCAGGUUGGCUUUCAGUAUGGCUCCAUAUUCAGACAGCUCAGUGACGUGCACUAUUGCCAGGAACUAAAGGAAGCCAUAACAAGCAUAAAGGUGAACAGGCAAACUGUUGGAGAGAUGUACAACUACUAUAUCCAUCCAGUGCUGCUAGACUGUUUUCUGCAGAUGACAACUGUCAUGACCUCACAGACCUUCCAGUCCAGAGCAGGCUUUCCAUCAGGGAUAGGCAGCCUGGUGGUGCUCCGACCACUGGAGGAAGAAAUGAUGAUCUAUAUGAGAACAAGUAAAUCCACUGGGAACUGUUUAGAGGUCUGUGGAUGUUUUAUGGACAAACGUGGCUCCAUUUUGGCUGAACUCAAGCGUGUUGCCAUCACUUUCGUGAAGCAAGCAUCUUCCAGAGAAAAUGAGUUCAUGUUUGAGAACAAGUGGAAAGAAGUCUCUCCUUCACCGACAGUUGGACACCUGGGGGCAAUGCCCAGAGUCCUAGUGUUUGCUGACAAAUUUGGUAUAGCUGAGCAGCUCAGAAAAUAUUUGCAUCAUGAAUCCAGGUAUGUUAUGUACGAAGACUGGGAAACCCUCCUAGAAGUCCACACAGAGAAUAAAAUGAAAAGAGAGGUUGAGGAUUAUGAUGAAAUUCUAUUCCUCUGGGGAAUUCAAAAGUUAAAUGAAGAGUUCCCAAGCAAAGUGGUGGACCAGUUGGCAAAGUGUUGUGAGGCCUAUCGCCAAGUUAUCGUGGCAUUAAGAGGGAAAACAUCCCGCUGUUCAGUCAGACUGAUCACAUACAAAACAACAGGAAGAAAUGUAGACCACAUUAACAAUGGGUUUGCUUUGUGUGGCAUGACCAGAACUUGUGUCAUUGAAGUUCCGGAAGUCACAUUUCAGAUGAUUGACCUCAGCUCUUCCAGUUCCCUGGACAUCUCAGCAUUAGCAGAAGUUCUUGUUAAAUACAAAGGUAUGGACUAUCCAGAACUUUGGAUCAGCCAGGGAAGAAUUUACAUGUCUGAAAUCAGACGCACACCUUUUAUAGAUGCAGAUUCUAGCCAACCCAUAAGAUCUCUCCAGAAAUCAGAAACAUUCACUUUGUACACGGCUGAUCCAUACACAGCAAAAGACUUAUCUGCUGAAUUAUCCACCAGAGCUUUUACUGCGCUUGAAAAACAGUGUGUUGAAAUUCAAGUGGAUAAAAUAUGUCUCCACUCAGAAGAUUAUUCUCCCAUUAGUGUUUCUAGCCGUAACUUUGGCAAUGCACUGUACUGGAAUUCACAAGCAGUAGACAAAUAUGGACUUCUAGCCCUUGAUUACAGUGGCACAGUAACAGCUACAGGUACUGAUGUGAAGAAAGUUAAAGUGGGAGACCAUGUGGUUUCCUGUUAUCCAGCUGCUGCAUCAUCCAAAAUUCGGAUUCCAUGGACAGUCUGUUUCAAUGUAAAGAAAUUUCCAUGGUUUCAAAAUGUCCCUUGCAUGUCAUACUUUAUCAUUGCAUGGGAAAUAUUAAAUCGGAGGUUACCCAAGAGGAAACACGGAAGAACUUUAGGUAUUAUUUCUACAGAGCCAUCAUCAGUUUUGUGCCACGUUCUUUCUGUGGCAGCAGAAGAGAUGGGUUGGAGAACGGUACUUGCAAGGCCCACUCCCGAUAAGUUCCAAUAUAUAAACUUAUGCAAUGCCCUUGUUGUUCUUCCUCCAGUACAUGAACUAUCUCAGGAAGAUCUGGCUCACAUGUACUUUCUUAAAGAUGUGGUGAUAGUACGUGGCAAUCAACAGUCUGAAUGUGUCCAAAAUGUCAUUGGAAUUGAUCAUGAAAAUAUCUGCUUUCAUAUCCUUACACUUAGCAGCAUUUUCCAGAAAGCAUCUCUAAAGGAAUUGCAAAAGACUGUGCAUGCAUGGAUCAGUUCAAUGGAUAUGAAACGGUUUAAAAGUCUAUCAGGUUCUGUUUUUCAGCAAACUGAGAACUUUGAAAGGAUGAACUCUGAGAUGUCCUAUUUUGCCUGCAAAUCUGUCCCACUUGCUGUACUGAGAAGGCAGAGGAGGGACAACACCAUGGUUUCAGAAAUACCCUUGUAUGAACCCCGGAAGAAAAUUUUUAAACAGAAUGCUGUUUACGUAGUAGUAGGGGGGCUCACUGGACUUGGCUUUGAAACUGUGAAGUUCAUAGCCCAGAGUGGAGGUGGGUGUAUUGCAAUCCUCUCCAGGAAAAUUCCAAGCAAUGAGAAGCAAGAAGAGCUCAAGACUUUGCAGCAGCAGUAUGAAGGGAGCAGAGUAGCAUUUGUGCAGUGUGAUGUUACUUCAGCCAAGGAGGUUGAGAAAGCUUUCCAGUAUAUUGUGCAAAUCUUUUUAGGGAGUCCAAUCAAAGGUGUAUUUCAAAGUGCUGUGGCUUUACAUGAUGGCCCUCUUGAAGUUCUGAAAUUGGCUGACUUUCAGAAAGUGCUAAGCCCCAAAGUAGCAGGGGUCAUAAAUCUUCAUUGGGCUACCAGGGGUCAGGAGCUUGACUACUUUGUGUGCUACUCCUCUGUCACUUCCUUUCUGGGAAAUUCCACACAAGCGAACUAUGCAGCUGCAAACUCUUUCCUGGAUGUCUUCUGCCACUACAGGAGAAACUGUGGGCUUUCAGGCCAAUCCAUUAACUGGGGUGCUUUGAACCUAGGCAUACUGCUCAAUCAAAACAAGAUUCAGAACAUUCUGGGAUCCAAGGGCAUAGAUAUUCUGCAAGUGCAUGAAUUUCAUGAGUAUCUCAGAAAGAGCUUACUUAUGAAUAACCCACAGCAAGCUGUCAUCAAAUUAAAUUUUCAAACUUUACUUCAUCAUGUUCUUUCUCGGAUUAUGCCACUCAAAAGUCGCUUCUUAUCACUUAUGUCAGAAGAAUUCAGUACCAAACUUGAAGUAUCUGAGGAAACUCAAGUCCAGGAUGCUGAUUUAAUCAAACCUGAAACGUAUAUCACCUCACUGGUGAGUGACUUCACUAGAUGGAACCCAAACGAACUAACCAUGAAUACAACACUUUCGUCAUUGGGCAUAGACUCUAUGUUAGCUAUGACAAUUCAGAACCGUAUCUUUCAUGAAAGAAAGGUGGACAUACCUCUUUUGAAACUGCUUGAUCCUCACACAACUCUGUCAAGUUUAGUAGUAGUUUUAGAAGAAACAGCCAAUGCAAAUGGAAUAUCUGAGAAAGAAAAUUAUGCAAUUGAAAGUGCAGAACAUGGGAGCUGGCUAUAG